GAAAUAUUGGGAUUGUGUCCUCUCUUAACUUGGUGGUUUUACAAAUUUAAGCGGACGUUUUAUGUUGAAGCAACAAAUCAGAACUUGUGUCGUCACUUCCGCUCACGACAAUAGCUUGCAUCAUUUCUCGUGUCGGCAGCCGGUUGCAUAGUAGAGACGCCAUGGUGGAGCCAGUCCCUGAAUCCAUCAAUUUUCCCUCUGAGGAGGAGAAGAUUCAGCAGUUUUGGAAAGAAAGGGACUGUUUCCAGGAAUGCCUCAAACAGUCCAAGAACAGACCUAGGUACACCUUUUACGAUGGCCCUCCCUUCGCCACGGGUUUGCCCCACUACGGACACAUCCUAGCUGGCACCAUCAAGGACAUUGUUACUCGCUUUGCCCACCAGAGUGGCUUCCAUGUGGACCGGCGCUUUGGUUGGGACUGUCAUGGCCUGCCUGUGGAAUAUGAAAUUGAUAAAACUUUGGGGAUCAAAGGACCUGAAGAUGUGGCCAAGAUGGGCAUAGCUGAGUACAACAAACAGUGUCGAAGUAUCGUCAUGCGAUACUCCCAUGAAUGGGAGACCUCAGUGAGUAGAAUGGGCCGGUGGAUUGACUUCAAGAAUGACUACAAGACUCUUUACCCGUGGUUCAUGGAGACCGUCUGGUGGGUGUUCAAACAGCUGUAUGACAAGGGUUUUGUGUAUCAGGGGGUUAAAGUCAUGCCUUACUCCACUGCCUGCAACACUCCCCUCUCCAACUUUGAGGCCAAUCAGAACUACAAGGAUGUCCAGGAUCCCUCUGUGAUUGUCAAUUUCCCUUUGGUUGAGAGUGAGAACGUUUCUUUGAUUGCUUGGACAACCACACCUUGGACCCUGCCAAGUAACCUGGCCCUCUGUGUCAACCCAGAGUUAUUGUAUGUCCAGGUCAAAGACAAUGCCACAGAAAGGACCUACAUUAUGAUGGAAGCCAGACUGGGAGCUCUUUUUAAGUCUGAGAGCGAAUAUUCAGUUUUGGACAAAUUCCCUGGCGAGGUCCUAAAAGGAAAAAAAUACAAACCACUUUUUCACUACUUCAGUAAGUGUGCGGAGAAAGGAGCGUUCCAGGUGGUGACGGACAACUACGUCAAGGAGGAAGAGGGCACAGGAGUUGUCCACCAGGCCCCUUACUUUGGAGCUGAUGAUUACAGGGUGUGCACUGAAUACAACAUCAUCCAGAGGGACCAGGCUCCUAUCUGCCCAGUAGAUGCUUCAGGCUGCUUCACUUCAGAGGUCACUGACUUUGCAGGACAGUAUGUCAAAGAUGCUGACAAAAACAUCAUUAAGUUGCUGAAGGAAAAGGGGCGCCUGGUCAAUGCCAGCACUUCCAAACAUAGCUACCCUUUCUGCUGGAGGUCUGACACUCCCCUGAUCUACAAAGCUGUCCCCAGCUGGUUUGUGCGAGUGGAGCACAUGGUGGAGAAACUGCUGGAGUGCAACGGGAAAUGCUACUGGGUGCCGGAGUUUGUGCGUGAGAAGCGUUUUGGGAAUUGGCUCAGAGAUGCACGUGACUGGGCAAUUUCAAGAAACCGUUACUGGGGCACACCAAUCCCUCUCUGGGUCAGCGAUGACUUCGAGGAGGUGGUCUGUGUUGGAUCCAUGGCUGAACUGGAGGAGCUGACUGGAGUCAAAGUAACAGAUCUGCAUCGGGAAAGCAUCGACAGCCUGACAAUCCCGUCACGGUGCGGUAAAGGGGUCCUGCGGAGGGUUACAGAGGUGUUUGACUGCUGGUUUGAGAGCGGCAGCAUGCCGUACGCCCAGGUCCACUACCCAUUUGAGAACAAGAAGGAGUUUGAGGACACCUUCCCAGCAGACUUCAUCGCUGAGGGCAUUGACCAGACCAGAGGAUGGUUCUACACCCUGCUGGUCCUCUCCACGGCGCUGUUUGGGAAACCGCCCUUUAAGAAUGUCAUCGUUAACGGACUGGUGCUCGCUGGCGAUGGGCAGAAGAUGAGCAAGCGCAAGAAGAACUACCCAGAUCCAGGACUGAUUGUGCAGAGCUAUGGAGCCGAUGCCCUCAGGCUGUACCUCAUCAACUCACCUGUGGUGAGAGCGGAGAACCUGCGAUUCAAAGAGGAGGGUGUGCGAGACGUGUUGAAGGAUGUCUUCUUGCCGUGGUACAACGCCUAUCGCUUCCUGGUGCAGAACGUACAAAGAUUACAAAAGGAGGAGGAGUAUCAGUUCCUGUACAAUGAAAACACGGCGAAGCAGAGUGACAACAUUAUGGACAAGUGGAUCCAGUCCUUCACACAGUCUCUCAUCCAGUUCUUCAAGGCUGAGAUGGAUGCUUACCGCUUGUACACAGUGGUCCCUCGCCUGGUCAAGUUUGUGGACAUGCUCACCAACUGGUACGUCAGGACUAACAGACGCCGCUUAAAGGGCGAGAGUGGCACUGAGGACUGCCUGUGGGCGCUGGAAACACUCUUCGGUGUUCUGUUCUCCAUGUGCAGGUUGAUGGCUCCCUUCACACCCUUCAUCACAGAAAUGAUGUACCAAAAUCUGCGCCACCUCAUUGACCCUGUCUCUGUUGAAGAAAAGGACUCCAACAGCAUCCACUAUCUCAUGCUGCCACAAGUCAGGGAACAUUUGAUUGAAAAGCGUAUUGAAAGCGCCGUCUCUCAAAUGCAGUCUGUGAUUGAGCUGGGAAGAGUGAUUAGAGACAGGAAGACCCUUCCUAUCAAGUACCCACUGAAGGAGGUGGUAGUUAUCCACCAGGACCCAGAGGCUCUAAAAGACAUCCAGUCUUUGCAGAAAUACAUCCUUGAAGAGCUUAACGUGCGACAGUUGACACUUUCAGCAGACAAGGACAAGUACGGGAUCCGCCUGCGAGCAGAGCCGGACCACAUGGUGCUGGGCAAGAGAUUAAAGGGAGCGUUCAAAGCUGUGACUGCUUCCAUCAAGGAGCUCACCAGCGAACAGCUAGAGGCCUUCCAGAAAACAGGAUCCAUUGUGGUGGAUGGCCAUGAGCUUCAUGAGGAGGAUCUGCGGCUGAUGUACACUUUUGAUCAGACUUCUGGCUCUGCUGCACAGUAUGAGGCGCACUCUGAUGCUCAGGUCCUUGUGCUGUUGGACGUGACCCCAGACCAGUCCAUGGUGGACGAAGGCGUUGCCAGAGAGGUCAUCAACCGCAUUCAGAAACUACGGAAGAAGGCACAUUUGGUGCCAUCAGAUGAGAUAACUGUUUACUACCGCUGCCAGCCAGAGGGGGCGUACUUGGCAUCUGUGAUUGAGGCCCACAUUGACUUCAUUCUGGCUACGACCAAGGCUCCGCUUCUGCCCUUCCCUGUCCCAAAAACUGCCAGCGUCAUCAUUGAAGAAAAGACUCAGCUGAAGGGCUCAGACUUGGAGGUAACAAUAGUAAAAGGAUCUUUACUCCCCCAAGCGCCACUAAACGGGCCAGUUUGUGCGUACGUCAACCUUCGAGUAAAAGUCAACAACAAAGAACAAGAGGGCGUAGUGUUGCUGGAGAAUCCCAGAGGGGAUAACAGACUAGACUUGGACAAACUGAGAAAAGUGUGCAGCAGCAUCUUUGGAAUCAAUAACACCCAGCUCAGAUUCUUCUGUGAUCGAAAUGAACUGACCAGCAAAGCGGACCUCCAGGCCCACAGCGGUAAAACUUUGUUUGUGACUUCAGGCCCGUCCUUUCCCAGCGCUGUGCCCACUACCAACACCCUGCUGUGUCCUUAUGUAAACCUGUUACUGUGCAACACACAGCCGGCUGAGUGCCAGGCUGGAGAUGUUGGCACCCUCCUCCUGGUGAACCCAGUUGGCCAGAAUGAGCUCGACUACUCCGGCCUCCUCUCUGAGGCUGCCAGGGUUUUUGGCCUCCGCAGCAGGCGCCUCAAACUCUACCUGGACCAGGAUCUUACUAAUGAAUUGCCAGCUGAAUCUGUAACAUCUCUCAACACCAAAACUCUGUAUGUGAGAGUUUUUCCAACCACCGCCGAAGCAUAAAUCAACCCAAGCCGCCUAAAGAACAUUUGUCUUUGAAACCUCUUUAGCUGAGUUUUCUCACACCUCAAACCCCUCCAAUGAUGCAAAAGGAGUAAAUUACAGUGUAGAGUGGCAUCAGAUGUGUAGAUCCUUUUUUUUAAAUUAUUGUUCUCAAAAACCAAAUUCCAACUAGGCUUACCUGUCAAGUUGAGGCAACAUCAUCGGAAAGACUUCAAGCACAUGUUUUAAAAUCUGUUUAAACUGUGUUAAACAGUGUCCCAAUUGUACUGUAUGUUUUUAAAAAGCCAUGUUGGGUGAAGUUUGUGAGCGGUUCUUGUCCUUGACUGCAGGGCAUCUUAUUAGACUCAUGCAUUCAUUCGUCAGCUGCACCGAGUGACUCACAGACGCUGUAUCUGUUGGAGCAACAGUUUACACGCUUCACCUGAAGAUCAACCCACUACACGGACUGCAUGACGGUUCCUACAUACAAGGGGAAUAAUCCUACUGGAUCGAUCAUCUGGUGAAACCUCGGGAUUGUCUGUUUUAACUACAGACAGAAAACCGUUUGGAACAAAGUGGGAAACUGAAAUAAUUGUAAAAGGUUCAUUUAUGCUAUAUUAGAAUAUUUUUGUUUGAGUAACUUACUUGAGGAAAUUUUCCAAGAAAUGGUUUAACUUGAUUAACUGUCACUGUUACCAAUGGAUGAUUUCCUUUAUUAUGGUAAUGAUUCAGGUUACAUCGCUUCAUGGCUUAUUUGCAGUGUGCUUAGUCCACAGUAAUUAUAUUUUGGCACAUAAUUGCGAAACGAAUUUGGGCCAUUGUGAAUUUAACAGAUAAACCUAUUGUGCUUGUUACAGAGGGAGUUCUCAUACAAUGAAGGAGGCAUUUAAAAGGUUAAAUGGAUUUUGGGGGCUGCUGUACUUCAGGAACACAAAGGGGUCUGUCAUUUAAAAAAAAGAACGAAUGGUAAUGUAAUAUUUUAAUCGACAAGCAGAAUAAAUCAAAGGUGACUAAGAA